AGCCAGCUAGCUGUAGCUAGCGUUCCGAACUAACAUUAUCCAAAUGCAGUUGGUUAGCUAGUAGCUACCUUCUCUCUGUCAACAGGUUUUUUAGGUUCUUUCUUAAUUUCUUAUUGUGUGACUCUUGAUUCCAUAGCCAUGCUUGACAGCGUUUGAUAAUUUAGCUAAAUUGUAAGUGGAACUUUCAACGAGUAGCAGCAGAAAAUAAAUACUAGUCGCGUGCUGAUGACGUCGGAUAAACGAUAUAAAACAGAGCCUCCUCGACGAAUCACGCCACUGGAAAUGUAAAACGAGGCCACAAAAAGUAUCUUUACUAAUUUGCCAACAGCCACCAUUUUGGGAGUCAGAAUUGUAUUGGAAAACCACCACCCUUUGGGCCUUAUUAUGGUACACACGUGCGUGGUGGCUGGCUGUCGGAAUAGAAGAAUACCAGGCACAUCAUUGUCUUUUUACCGUUUCCCACGCGAUCCCGACAGAAAGCAGCGUUGGAUAGCUGCUGUGAACCGAGAAGGCUGGCUGCCAAACGACGGGAGCAGGCUGUGUAGUACUCAUUUCAUCUCAGGUAAACAGGUGAAGAAUCCACGCUCGCCAGACUAUGUUCCCUCUGUAUUUACAUCAGCUCCCCUAUCCCCGGAGUCAGAAAUUAAGGAAGAGACUGCUGCCUUUGAAAUCUCAGACAAGCAGGAAGCCCAGGUGGAGGCGGCCAACGCCUUGCUCUUCCUGCAGGGCCAGGGUAGGUCUGUGGUCGACCGGAGACCAAGCCAGGAGGACCAUGACGUGGCCCAGAGUGCAUCCUCAUCCUCAACCAGUGACAAUGGUGAGGAAUCUGAACCAGUGUCAAGCGACAGCAAAGACAGGGGAGGGAAGCCCGGCAAAAGGUCAGCCGCAGAGCCUGACAACUAUGAGGACGUGCUCAAGAUCUUGAAGAAGGAGAACCGGGCUCUCCGGGAGUCUGUGGAUAAAUUGUCACUCUCAGAGACCUCAUUCCGGAACGACCCAGAGAAGGUCAGGUUUUACACUGGCUUGCCCAACUACUUUGUAUUUGAGACAGUCAUGUGGCUCCUCGCACCACACAUGAAUGGGACCAAGAACAUGGUCAAGCUCUCCAUGUUUCAGCAGCUGCUGCUGACACUAAUGCGUCUCCGACUUGACCUCAAGAAUCAGGACUUGGCCUACCGCUUCGGCGUGAAGGUUGGCACGGUGACCAGGACGGUGCUCAGAAUGGUUAAUGUCAUGUCCACCACGCUGGUACCCACGGCUGUCUUCUGGCCCUCCAGGGCUGAGCUCCGCAAGAACCUCCCGGCAGCUCUCCACUCGACCUACCCUGACUGUGCCGUGAUCAUAGACUGCUUCAGGGUGACCUUGGAGAAACCCGGGUCAGAAGUUAACUUGUUGUGUCAGGGGGCGUCAGCAGGGAGCAACACUCUGAAAUACAUGAUAGGCAUGGCCCCGCAGGGCGUGGUCACUUUCGUCUCCAGGGGGUCGCCGGGGAGUGUCAGCGACAAGAGCCUGGCAGAGGGGUGUGGCUUCCUGGGCAAGCUCCUCCCAGGAGACGUGGUCCUGGCCGAUAAGGAUUUGGACAUUGGUGAGUCGGUGGCGGCCCAUGGUGCCCUGCUGAAAAUCACUGGCUGCGAUGGCGGAGAGGGGUCUGAAGGGAGCGAAGAUGUCUCGCUGACAGACAUUUCCCCAGAGAGGCUGAGUGUGCGGAGGCAUGUGGAGAGGGUCGUCUCCAUGGUGAAGCUAAGGUACUCCAUGCUAACUGGCCCAGUGGAGGUCCCCUUCACGGCCGCUGAGCGGUCAUCCAACAUUUUCACUUUUGAUAAGAUUGUGCAGGUUGCCUGUGCCUUAAACAACCUGUGUAUAUCUGCUGCUCCCCUAGAGUGACUCACACUAGUGCUGCUCCAUACGAGCAUUGAUAGCCACUUUAAUUCUUGAACACUUAAAGAAUCUAUAUUUUGGAUGUAAAUGGUAUGAUGUAGAAGUGCCCAGACACUUUUCUUGCAAAACUUACCCCAACCAGCGAUAGAGGUUCUCAUGCUCAUUCUGCGGUUCCAGGGCAUGAAAAGAAAACAUGAACAAAAGCCCCAACAUCACCCAAAUACGUCCUUUUAGGUGUUUUGUAAUUUGUGUAAUUCAGAACUUUAUCUGCAACGUUUAAUUCCAUUUUGUACGGCUUCGAGAGAUACUUCUGUGUGUGCAUGUGAUGGCUAACAUGGAGCAGCCAGAUGGAUAGGUUUACCGCAUCAUAUGGAAUACAACAUUGUGGAUAAAGUUUGAAAUGACACAAUUGCAUGUGUACAACAUCUAAAGACCUGCAUCUGAAUGCAUUUGUUUUGGCACUGCAGAACAAAUAUGAGGUAGGUUAUCACUGGUUGGGGUAAGGUACUCAAAAACAAGUGAAAUUGCAAAAAAAGUGUCUGGGCAUUUGGCCAUAUGCAUCCAAAAUAUAGAUUUAGUUCCUUUAAACAUCCUAGCUCCAUUCUACAAUUCCACUCUUAGAUGCUGGAGAGGGGAACUUUUUAUUUUUUCAACAGAUAAAUUUCAGAGGGAUAUUUGAUGAAUCAAUUUAUCACUUUUCGCUGUAUUACUAUUUUUGCCCCUCUGGAUGUAACUGAGUAAGAAUUUGAAUUACUGAGCUCAUCAGCUUUUUUGAAAUGUGGAUAUAUUUCAGAAGGACAUUCCAACAGUUCCAAGUAUUCUAUGAUUGAAUGUACAUUGUGGUUUUCGACCAUUACUUGGUUCUCAGAGACAUUUGCGUCACUUACAAUGGAUCGAACAGUAGCCUACCGUUUUCCUCAGGUGUUAGUGCUUUAGUUAGAAAUGCUGGUACUGCUGUAACAAAACAGAGAUGUAUUUUUACAUGACACAAUGCCUUCCAUUUCAUAUGACUAACCACGUUUCCAUCCGCAGUUUUUAUGCGAGUAAAGUCAUACUGUAUUAAAAAAAAUCAUGACAGUUUUGAUGGAAACUGGAAGUUUCGGUACAGUUUUAUAAAUGCUGACAGAUAAUUUGUUAGUUCGACAUGGUGGGAUAUUUUAGUGUCGGUAAAAUUAAUUAUGUGAGAUAUGGCGCCGGAAACGCCUUUAUGCUCAAAUAUUGAUAUAAUAAACAUCAAAUUUAAGUAAAUUUGGAGUCACGCGAUGAUAUGUUGUGUGGUCCUCCCACUCCGACUCGGGAAACCAUGCCGUUUAUUAGGCUACAGAUGAAAUAAAUUAUGAUGAACUUAACAGGGUAGUGGAAGUGCACUGUGAUCUUGAUGCUCCUUUCCAAUAAAUAUCGAGUCUUAUUCUGGUGACAUGAUAAUCGAUGCUUGACUUCCGUUUGACAAAUAUAUUUUUCUCGCUCUUAUCCUUAAUAAUCUCAUCACAGCCUACCCACACUUUAUCUACGAGCUGUUGUCUAGAGCGCACGUGCCAAGGCCAGAAUAGGAACAUUUGCUAUUUAAAGCCACAGUUUUUGUGACAUAACUAUUGGCGGAGUUGAAAAUGCAUGGAAACAUAUUGAACUUUAGAUUUGUAUUCAGUACAUGAAAACAUAAGCGAAAAAGUACAUUUUGUGUGUACAUCAUCACGAACUGAUUUUUAUCCGUAAAAAAAGUAAAUUUGGUGGAAAUGCACCACUGGGAAAAUGUGUAUAUUUUCCUUAUGCAGAUUCUAGAGUAUUCGUAUGAAAAUCUGUCGCCAAUUGGAUAGAAAUAUAGAUCAUGUCUAAAUGUCCUCAACAAGUACUAAUGUAGGCUAAAACUUUUUGUCACUUAUGUUGUGGUUUAUACAUUCUCUGAGCAUGAGUUAAGUGUAUUUAUGUUUUCACGUCCAGUUUGUUCAUGUUAAUAGUGCUGACUGGUGUCCGUCUGUAAGGACUGUCUGUGUAAUGUCUUUGGUUCUGUUGAUUGAGAGGUGCUGGGAAUUUAAUGAUGCAGUUUAGGUGCCUCUUUGUAGAAUCUGAGAGUGAAAUACUUUUCCACUUGUCUCUAACAUGUAGGCUCAGCAUUCCCGAACAGUUCCAUUACAAAUCAGAAUGUUGAACAAACUUACUUUAAAUUUACUUUACGUGUGUCUGAGGUAAUCUCAUACAAAAUCCAGAGGGAAGUGUGUAAAACCCGACCUUCAGUACCCUGGUCUGUAUAUCGGUUGUAUUUUUAAUACCGAUGCAAUUCGUGUAACCGAUGUGAAAUGGUUAGCGGUGGUGCGCGCUAAUCGCCUUUCAAACGGUGACGUCACUCGCUUUGAGACCUUGAAGUAGUGGUUCCCUGUUACAUUCGCAUGUGACAAACACUUGCACAAUAUGGUGGCAAACACUUCCAGCAGAUUGCGAAGAAACGUGUUUCGGACUCCUACAUUUGGUUACAGUCGGCUACUGUUUACAUAUUGUGCAUCACAUGCAAUGCGUCAAGAGAGAAAAUAAUAAAAAUUCGCGUAAACAACAAUACUGUGGACACCCUACCACCACCUCUCCGACUCCCCAAAUACGCUAAAACGGAUGCGCGCACACAUACACACCACCUCAUUGCAGAGUCCUACUUGGAAGACUACAUUUGCGUUCUAGAGGACUGCCAUGAACAUGAUGCUGCUCAUUUGCAUAUAAGUACCUAUUUUGUUUGAAUAUAGAAGGUCAUGUGUAGGAACUUGAAUAUUUGAGUGAUCUUUCUACUGUGUGCAGCCGUGGGGUGAUGCGGCGCACUCUACGCUGAUAAGACUAGUCUUUGCCAUGUUACAGCCCUAUUCGGACGGGUAUUACUAGAGACGUUGGUUUUGUAAUUAUCCAAGCAUGUGCGUUAUUCCAGAGAACGAUUCACACAUGAUUAGUUUUUCCAAAUUGUCCCCUGUAAUUCUUGUUUUUUCCAACGCCAGUAGGUUUUUAUUGUAGGCGAGAACGUCAACAUGAUAGAUAUGCGAUAAUAGGCUACACUGAACACGUGCUUGGCUGCCAAAUGUAAAGGUCUCUCCAUAAAUUUACAUGGAUGAAGUGUGAUCAUAAUCAUUCUUUUAGCGAUCCAUCCAUGGUAGACGUCCUUACUAAUAACAAUUCCCCACAUCUAGCUGAUUUGAGAUGCUGGACCGUAUUUGCACUUGGCAACUUCACUCUCUCAUCCAUAACUAGUCAUUUCCCAAAAAGUUUAAUGGGGAUGCUGCUUUGCGAUCUAUUGCAUAGGACAGGGCUCUCCAACCCUGUUCGUGGAGAGCUACCAUUCUGUAGGUUUUCACUCCAAACCUAAUCUAGCGCAUCCGAUUCAAUACUUAGCUGGUUGAUAAACUGAAUCAGGUUAGUUACAACUUGGGUUGGAGAGAACCUACAGGAUGGUAGCUCUCCAGGAACAGGGUUGGAGAGCCCUGUCCAUGGACAUCAAUAGCCAGGCAGGGUUGUAUUAAAUGAGCGAUAGACAAUACUUUGUAUUGCACAUUUAGGCCUAAUUAAAGUGAUGCAUUUGGCGAUGUUAAACUUGAAUUCACUGGCUAAACUAUUCUUCAUAGUGCCAUACUCGGAGCCUAAUAUAAACUUUAUUCUACUUUUGAAUUUACGAGGCAUCGCUAAAUAUCCUGCGCGCACGGUUCUGACCAUUUCUGUCUGCCCCGAUCCUCUUCCUCGCCUGCGCCUCUUUCUCUUCACUAUGAACAACGCCAGUGUUUGGUCUUCUGUCUGUUGCAUGUAGAAUAGUUUACCUACUAAUUGAUAUCCCCUACUUUAAUGAACUUGCGCAAACCAAGAAAUUGCGAAAUACAGCAUUGCGAUACCCUAAAUAGUUUGAUUACCGAUGUACGGAUCUGACGUUUGCCUGUGCACCUCCAUCAUUCGUUCUCAUGCUAGCUCGCUCUUUCUUUCUUUUCUGUGAAAUAGACUACGGAAAAUAGUUUCCCCCGUUGCAAAAAUACUGAAUCUUGAGUCGAUUCCGAAGCUUGACACCCAAAAAUGUGAGUCGACUCCCUACCUAGGUGUCAGAGACAUGCUAUAGCACAACAUGCUUUCUUCUCAUUGCUUAAAUGCACAGCAUAGGCAUGUAUUUAAUUAAUUUGCUAUUCAUGCGUUAAAGCUCUGACACACUGGUAGGAUUGUCAAACGUUUGCCUGCCGACAGUAUUUAGCACCUCUGAAUGGUGUCAGCCGUCAAUCUCUUUUGUGUUCACACAGCAAAGACCUUGAAAGUUGUCAGCCACUCAACCAUAUUAAAAUACUCCAAACCAGAAGGUGGCAAUGCUAUCUGUGCAUAUUGCUUAUGGUCUAGCUAUCUGCGCUAAUGUUGCUAUUUUGUAGAAAGCCCUUGUUGAUACUAGCUAGAUGACGAGAACACAAUUUAAUUCUUUUUCCGUAAUCCCAUAGCCAAAAUGUUUUGCUAGCUAACCUUGGCAUAUUCACCAGCUAGCACAAUGAGCUAGCUAGCUAAGGACACUGGACUAACUAACUCUGCAGUUAGCUAAUCCAUUGUGAUUGAAUUAUGUCAAUACUAGUUAGUGGUUAGCUAUCUUGGAGGAAGUAUUUAGUGUUGUAUUUCACCCCCCCCCCCCCCCCCCCCUUUUCGGCUUGCACACAUGGGGGUUCAUGCUCUCUAGUUGGCUCAAAGUGAUGUUGUUGGCCACUGACAAGAGUAUAGAUUCUACAAGUACAAUCAUUAGACUAGGUCGGCAUGCAGCAGGUACAGCUUUUCUUCUGUCAACAGAAAGAACGACAUCCUACUGUUAUUCAUUUCAAAAGAUGAAUUUGUUGCACUACUCUUGUGUUAUUUAGCUGUGCAAUGUUCUUGUGUAUGAAAAGCAUUUAAGACCCAUAGCCUACCCUAUUCCAUGAUGCAAAUUAUUGUCAAGGGUUAUUGGUUGUGUUCAUUAUUUGUCCAUGAAUAUAAACCAAAUAUUAAUA